AUGUUUCCUAUUUUCAUUGUGCUCGUUAUCCAUAUUCAUCUUGUGGUGUCACAAUGGGAAACGGGAAAAAGCUUCACGGUUUUGACGAAGCUUCGGUCAGAUUUGUUCAAGAAUUAUAAUGGUUCAAUGCCUGUUGGGAAAGGAGAAUACCUUGAAGCAACUCCAUCAUUGGAAGUUGGUUUUAUACAUUUUAUAGAUGACGAUCACGGGUUCAUGUCUGUUGUGAUUAACGCUGAGCUUACGUGGAUAGACGAAAGAUUAAAAUGGAACCCAGCAAAUUAUUCGGGAGUUCGCGAAAUUGUGGAGAAGACUUUUGAAUUCCGAAAAGACAACAAUUGUUGGAUGCCGAUUGUUAAAUAUCGUUCUUAUGACCGUAGGUAUUCUGAAUUGGACUUGCUUGAAUUCUCUGACGCGAGAACACUUAUUUCCUAUAAGGGUGAAAUUAAAACGGCUUUGCAAACUAUGGUCACCACAAAAUGCCAGUUUUCAUUUGGAGAGUAUCCGAAUGAUUAUCAAAACUGCUCGAUAAUGUUGAUUCCAAACCAAAAUGCAGACGAAUUUCGAUUUGUGUCUCCCAAUGGUUACUGUAAUCCAAAAUUUGAAAAUCUUGAACACCGUGCAGUUCGAGUCCACGAUUUACAUCUUAUGGGAGUUGAGUCCAAUAUUUUUUAUACGUUUGCAAAUACAUAUUUUACUGCUGAGGAAGUUACCGGUUUUGAAUACAUGGCUAAAACAGAAUUCCGUUUCAAUCUUAUGUUCAAGAGAGUCAACAAGCUUCUGAAUGUUAAACUCUCAAUUCCGUCAAUCUUGAUUUCUAUGUUCCUCAUUAUAGCCGGACUCUUCCCUAAUGGUUACUCGAUCUUUGGUUAUGCUUACUGCUUUUUUGUUGAAGUAAUGCAUGGAUUGUAUGUUUCGAAAAUACUUCCUAACGACAUCAGAGGAAUUCCCUAUCAUGGAGCUCUAGCGUUGUGUUUUUUGAUUGAGACCGUGUUCCUCUUCUGUUGGAAAGUCUUUUCUGUCUAUGCUAGAAACCAAAAGCUCUUCGCUCAACUUCCAAAUGUGUUUGCUGACAACAGAGUCUUUGUAUUGAAAUUUGUGUUCUACGUUGAUAGAGUAGUGUGUGUCGCAUUAUGCUUGCAAUUCUUAAGCGUCAUUUACAAAACAAGAUAAAAAUUGUGAUGG